AUUAUUGUGGGAUGACCACCACUAAUUUCCAAUUCAUGUUUUUUUCUACAAGUAAAUUGAGAAAAUAAUCAAAGAAAAUGUGCGACUACAAAAUCUCGGAUCGGGCCUACACCAAGUUGAUAUUCCACGCGGCCAAGUAUCCCCACCUGGCGGUCAACGGGCUGCUGCUGUCGGAGAAGUCCUCAAAGGGGUCCGUGGUGGAAAUCGUGGAUGCGAUUCCCCUGUUCCAUCAAUGUUUGCAUGUCACCCCCAUGGCCGAAGUAGCCCUAAUGCAGAUAGAUGCUUACGCCGAGCGCGAGGGUCUGAUAAUUGCUGGCUACUAUGCUGCGCCAGAGAACUUUUACGACAAUCAGGUUGACAAGACACCGGCGGCCAAGAUAGCAGACAAAAUUCAGGAGAACUUUAAGAACGCCUGCUUUGUGGUGGUGGACAACAAGUUAAUGACCCUGCAGCACGACCGCGCUGCGAUCCAGGUGUACAGCUGCGCUGGAGAGGCCACCACCCGCUGGACAAAGGCAAAGUUCACCCUGUCACAGUCAUCGCAGACACUGGAGGGCGUAUCGCUGCUGCUGAAGCGGGGUGCCAUGCGUGAUGUGGUGGAUUUCGAUAACCAUCUGGACAAUCCAGAGAAUGAUUGGACCAAUGACUUCCUGAACAAGUCCUUGAUAGACCUGCAGAAGCUGUACUAGUCGCAAGUUUUUAACGUACUUUUGUUUUAGUCUAGCAAAAUCGCAUUCGCGGAAUGAAGGGAGAACACGCCGAAAUUUCAACCUUGCAAUUUAAUUUAUUGUAAUUACAAUUGGAUUUUCAGUAAUCUUUAGAAUAAUGCAUAUAAGUUAAAUAACAUUCAACUAAUUAAUAAAUAAUCAAUUCUUUCAUCUUGUA